AUGAGGCUGCGCCAUGUCGCCGUUGCCGCGCGCGGCGCAGCCGCCUUCCUCAUUGCCGGGGGCGACGAGUCCGACCUGGCGCCCGCGAUGGAGACCUACGCGCCGAAGAGCUGCAAGUUCAACCUACUGCCCAGCUCGCUAAGGCCCCGAGCCUACACCGCCGUCGCUGGCGAGGCGCGGAUCCACGGCGUCUUCGGCGCGCCGCCCACCGUCGAGAGGCACGCCGCGCAGCUGGACCUGCCGACCCCGGGGCUGCUCACCGCGCAGGCGGAGGUCGGGAGCUCCAACGGGCGGGUGCUCUUCGGCGAGAACCUCCCGGUCGCUGGCGGCGAGGAGACGAAGGCCUUCCUGCGCGGUCAGGUCGGAGACAAGGAGAUGGAGAUCGCGCUGCUGUUCGAGCUCCUAUCGGCGGAGGUCGGGGUCUCUCAGGUCGACGCGCUGAUCGCGGAGACCACUUGCUGGCCCGCGCGCGUGGAUCUGACCUUCAUCCCGCUGCCCCGGGCGCCGCUGCACUGGCCGCUGUCGCGCCCGCAGCAGAACAGCAUGCCGCCGCCAAUAGCGCCAGGCUUCGGCGGCGGCCAGGUUCUGACGCCCCCCGACAAGGGGCUCGAGCUGACGCCCUGGGGCGACUUCGACCGCUCCAUCUGGAGCGCCACCGUCGAGGCGCCGCCGAGAAUACACCGCUUCGCCCGCUUCUACGCCCGGGCGACCUACCAUUUUGCCAGCGGCCCCCUGCAGCUCGCCCUCGAGCUCUAUGACCUGGAGGACACGCCAGACGGCGCCGCCCUGGGCCCGAAGUGCGCCCUGGGCUGCCUGGGCGGCGCGCCGGCGUUCAACGGGCAGGUCGUCGACCGCGCCGUGCCCGCCGGCUUCCGCUACAGGCUGCGGCCCCUAGCGGCAAGCAUGCCCGAGUGGACCGCCGCGGUGCCCGAGAGGGGCCGCCGCUGCACCGAGUUCGACUACCGCUCGAUCGCCUUCGAGAGCCGCGUCGCCCCCUUCGAGGUCGGCCCCUCGGCGCGGCUCUGCGAGCACUCGCGGCUGCCCGGCAGGGCUGUGCAGUCGCCGCGCAUCAGCGCGGACAAGUUGGCCGACAAUGGCGAGGUCGUUUCCUGCCGCGGCAUCUGGGUCGCUAACGUGGAGCACGAGGUCAUCCUUGAGGUGGCUGAGGCGUGUAUUUCCCGGGCCACCACCCACCAUUUGGAUGGCAUGGCGCUGCGGCCCGUCGCCCACCCCGUCGACGAGGCGAUGGGCGAGUUCACGGGCGCCCCCCGCCGUCUCUGA